AUGUCGUUGACGCUGGCUUCUACGUACCCCCCCAACCCCACGAAUGUUCGCGCUCAGAGCACAAAGCUCGGAGCGAGUCCUCAGGGCGAUCGGGUCCUCUAUACACAGGGACGCACGGUCGUGCUGCGCGACUUGCACAAUGUUACCCGCUCUGUGCUGUACGCGCAGCACACACACCCAGUCACAGUGGCUCGUAUGAGUCCGAGCGGCUUCUAUGUCGCGAGUGGGGACGCCUCCGGUAAGGUACGCAUUUGGGACAUAGCUGGCACGGAGCAGUUCCUCAAGCUCGAAGUUGCUGCGCUCGGUGGGCGCAUCCACGACCUUGUGUGGGACGGCGAGAGCAAGCGUGUGCUGGUGGUGGGCGAGGGCCGCGAGAAAUACGCCCACGCCUUUCAUGUCGACACAGGAUCCAGUGUGGGCGAGCUCCACGGUCACAGCAAGCCAGUCAAUGCGGUGGCAGUGCGAGCACAGCGCCCGUUCAAGGCCGUGACGGGCUCCGACGACGGCACGGUCCUCUUCUACACAGGCGUGCCCUUCAAGUAUGCGCGCACACUGUCUACGCACUCGCGCUUUGUGCAGGACGUGGCGUAUGCGCCUAACGGCGCGACAUUUGCUUCGGCUGGCGCGGAUGGCCGCCUGUUCCUGUACGAUGGGACGAGCGGCGACGUCCAGGGCGAGUUCCACACAGGCCCCGCGCACCAGGGCACAAUCUUUGCACUGGCCUACUCUCCGGACUCUGCGUGCAUCGCGUCCGCGAGUGCCGAUGGCACUGUGCGUGUAUGGGACGUGGCACGCCGCACGCUCCUGAGCGAGUGGCGCUCUGACGAAUCGGACAAGGUGGAUGCGCAGCAGGUGGGCUUGGUGUGGACACGCGAGAACCUUCUUUCGCUUAGCUUUAGCGGCGUGCUAACCGUACUGAGUCCUGCUGAGACGAUCCAAGUGGUCAGCACGCUGGUGGGUCCCUGCCUGGGCCUGACAAGCCUCGCCGCGUUGCCCGGCAGUGCGGCGACACUCGCCACGGCCUCUCACGAUGGCCAUGUGUACUUGUACGGCACCAGUGGAGUAGAGCGUGUGCCGCGGGAAGACCGCCUACCCGGUCUACUCGCCAUAAGCGCUGGCCCCGAUGCCAGUCUGGUCGUGGCCUCGCUGGAGGAUGCGGUGCGCACCGUACAGGGCGCCAAGAUAAGCGAGCCGACUCCUACAACGGGACAGCCGCGCGGCAUGCAUGUGGGCCCGAUGCACACAUACGUCUUAACGGAGCAGGGCGUAGACGUUGUCCGGCCAGGCGCCGCGCACCAUACACUGGCGUCCCUGGGUAUCACUGGCGCCACGGCCAUUGCUGCCACGGGCGAUGGGCGCCUCGUGGCACUCGGCACAGACACGGGGCCCGUACACCUCUUUGCUGUGCCAGAUUCGGGUGCGUGGACGCACCAGGGCACACUGAACGGGGGCCGCAGUGCCAUUUCUGCACUGGCGUUUUCGCCGGAUGGCGCUCUGCUUGCCGUUGGCGAGGGCAACGGCAAGAUUCUCGUGUACCAUGUGUCUACGCAGGCACUUCAUCUCUCUCAUUGGGUCUUCCACACCGCGCGCGUUCAUUCCAUUGCGUGGUCCGCGGACAGCAAGUACGCUGUGAGCGCCUCUCUCGAUACCCAUGUCUAUGUGUGGUCGGUCGAGCGGCCCAUGAAGCACACAGCAUACAAGAACGCGCACGCAAAUGGCGCAUAUGGUGCUGUGUGGCUCGACGAGCGCACAAUCGCUAGCGGCGGCGCCGACGGCGCCGUGCGACAGUUCACGUGGGCGCCGGCCCUGCCGUAG